CAACUGAUACUGGAGAGGAAUGCUACUGCUGGAUUUCAGAGCCCUGUGUCAGUUAGUCUCUCUCUCUCUCUCUCUCUCUCUCUCUCUCUCUCUCUCUCUCUCUCUCUCUCUCUCUCUCUCUCUCUCUCUCUCUCUCUCCCUGACCCAUGGAGAAGGAACUACCCGUUUUCCAAGACUGACCCGCGCCACACAGCCACUGUUCACCCAGCAGCCCCCUGAGCACCUGAACGGGGUUCGAACAACCCAAAGAGCGGGGAGCGAAGGGAGGCCAUUGAAGAGUGUUGGACCGACCCGGUACAGAACUUCAGUUCAUUAUCAUUUAUUAUAAUAUUUAAAUAUAUAUAUAUAUAUAUAUAUAUUUACAUAUUACGACUCACAGUUAGGCAUCCCAUUUAUCGAUCCAAUGAUGGAAAACGAAAUCACACAGACGAGCAGUCAGACCCAGACUGGCUCGCUGUCCCCCCCGAACGGCAUGCCCCCCAGCCCCGGGAACCACGGAAACCCCACCAGCGCCCCCCGCUAUGGCACUGUCAUCCCCAACCGCAUCUUCGUGGGGGGCAUCGACUUCAAAACCAAUGAAAACGACCUGCGCAAGUUCUUCUCUCACUAUGGGGUGGUGAACGAGGUGAAGAUAGUCAACGACAGGGCCGGAGUCUCCAAAGGGUACGGAUUUGUGACGUUUGAGACACAAGACGAUGCGCAGAAGAUACUGCAGGAGGCUGAUAAGCUCUUCUUCAGAGAUAAAAAGCUGAAUGUCGGCCCGGCCAUCCGCAAACAGCAAGUGGGGAUCCCCUUUGCUGGAUUCCCUUUCUCAGGCUCGAGCCCCAGUGUGACCCCCCCUGCCCAGGCCACCAUGUACUUCACCACCUCCACAGGGUACCCCUACACCUACCACAACGGAGUGGCAUACUUCCACGCCCCUGAAAUCACCUCUGUGCCACAGCACUGGCCUCCCCGCUCCAUCUCCAGCUCCCCAGUCAUGGUCACACAACAGGCUCAGCCAGUGUUACAGCAGCCAGCUUGUCAUUACCAGGCUCCUACCCAGUGUCUUCCAGGCCAGUGGCAGUGGAGUCUCCCGCAGGUAUGGAGCCCCUGUAGAUGCACCACAUCCCCAGCCCCGGCCGUGCCUGUUCUCUACAUGCAGGCCUCUGAUAUCCUGUACCAGACCCAGGAGCUGUCGCAGGACGGUGGCUGUGCGCCCUCCAUCCUGCCCAUGCUGGAGGCCACGGUCCCCGAGGCGUUCCCGGAGCACGGUAUGCAGCCAGCGUACCACCAGGUGUUCACACAGAGCCCCGUCUGUAUGCCGCAACCACCCGUCCUGCAGCAGGAACCAGUGAAGGAUCAGAGGCUGCACGCUAUGCACAGGGGGUUCUCACAGUCUCCCAUGGGGCUGAAGCCCCGCUACACCCGCAGCUCGCACUACCACAGCCACAAGGACUACCGGCCUGAAGAGUCCAUCCUCGCCCCCCCAGCCAGCACUGAGUCUCUCAACUAGAGCGGGAUGGAGGAGGAACCAGGGCCUCCGAGCUGCUCCUUCACCACGCACACGCUGGGGUUCCACUGGUCAGGGGGUCCGUUAGGGGGGCUCAGACACUGCAGAGAAGGAGGUACAGAAAAGCAGGUGUAGGUAGCAAAUCUCGUCACUCUGUUUUGUUAAAAGGCUGACGGGGUGAUUUCAGUAAAACCUAUAUAUAUAAAGGCACCUGCUAUUAGCAGCUGCAAAAUCCGAGUGUAUGGCGUGAGUGACCGAGGCAUGUUCUUUAAUAAACUGUAUAAAGCGGCCUGUACCGGUCGCUGAUCACUCCCUUUGGUGAUUGUUAAGUCAUGUUUCAUUGUUUUCAUGAAAAUGUGCUAAAAACCAACAACAAAAUUUGUGCUUAUGAAACUUUAUUAAAAUCAUCAGAACAGUGCUCUGUUAAAGGCAGGUUAGCUGCACUGUACAACUAGAAUAAGCUCCAAAUUCAGAGCACUACAAUAACCACAGUUUAACCUGUUUGACUGUAUGCUUUCUUCGUACUCAUUUACUGCAUUUCCACUGCAGUCGUCUUGUUUCACAGGGCAGAAUCUAGUUCAGUUGUAUGCGUUUUUCCUGUCAAAAAAAAAUUGUGCUCAUGACCAGUUGGAGAAAUGAGCUUUUGAGAAUGUAACUCUUAAAGAGCCAGUAUGACAUUCACUAGGUUCUAACAGUACCUGUAAGAUGUAGUGGACCUUGUUGUGCUGUUUCCUAUCUUCCCGGAUCACGACAGUAGCCGCUGUGGUUGUAAGCGGAGGUCAGAACCACAGUGUUGGGUUGUCAUCUCAUGCCCUGGCCCUAACUGAUCAUUCCAAAAUAAUAGAAAAAAAAGAUUUUAAAAAAAUCAACCAACUUUUUCUAUAUGUUGUGGCAGCAAGAAAUAAAACAGAACAGCAUUUAACUGUAUUAUUAUAAUGACUACAAGAUUAUAAUAACUGUGAGUGUAGACUAGACAGUAUAUUUUGUAUUGCUUAGAUUUAUCCUUUUAUUCUUGACUGUGGUGAAGACCAUGGGUUUUGAAAACACAUCUCUUAAUUCAUACAUUGCAAAUGUUUAUACCAAACAUGAUUCAAAGAUUGUAACCAAAGUGUCGUUGUUCCUCCACAGAAGGUGGCAGCAUUUGAAUGGCAGGUUUCUUCUGCGGUAAGCAGGUCAGUCAUUAGUUAUAGACAUAAAACUAAUGACUGUGUGUGUUAUUUCAAGUGGCACGUUGAUGACUGGAAAUGUAGUUCCUGGAUCUAAAUAAAAAAUACACGGUUUCAUGUACAACAUUAGGAAAGUUAAACUAUGAUACUGGAUCUUUAAGAGUACAGAUCUGGUCAGUUAAAAUGCUUUUGAAAAAAGAAAACUAUACAGACAUUAUAGAAACCUGGUAGACUGGAUUGGUUUAGAAAACAGUUCUUCAGAAUACAACAAAAUUCUGAGAGCAGUUUUGAAGACUUUUUCCCAGAUUUGUUCCUGCACUGCCUGUGAAUAAAACUCUCCUACCUAGCCCCCUGAUACCAGUGAGCCCCAGUAAUCCCUGUGUGCGCUGAGCUGCAAUCGAGAACCAAGGAGAGGGUCCGUCUCCAUGACCUGCCUCGUAAACUACUGAGCCUGUAACAAUUCUACCUUCUAUUCCCUUGUUUACACUGCCUGGUGGGUGAAGGCUGGUGCAGGCACUACGCUUGCGUUCUUUACAACAUUGAAUGUGUUUUACUAAACUGCAGGGUAGUGUGCCAGGGCAUAACCAAAUUGCAUGAAUACUCCUUUCUUAGCAAUAGAUUCACUUUUUUAUUUGUAACUCCUAUACCUUCAUGUGUAAACAGAAUCUUUCAGUAUAAGCACAGCAUUACAGACUGCUGUGCUGUCAAGCUCCUUACAUCACAAUCGUGGUUACACCCCCCCUUGCACACUACCCUCUAAGCUUUCUGGUCAUAUCAGCCUUUGUUGUGUCAGCUGAUUCAUUUGGUGAGAAAUUGACAAGAGCACAAACAUCUUACAAGCAUUGAUUGGCUGUCUUGAAAGCUAGGUAGUUUAAAAAGAAAUAUGAAACUGCUUGUUCUGUAGAAGCUGUAUAUUAAAAUAAGUAAUGGAAAUGUUUGUGGAGAGGUCUGUCCCACUCCACUUAGCAACAGAAAGAGGUGCAGCCUCAACGUUGAAGAGUGGUCCCCUUUCUUAAAGAACAAGGAGCUCGGAAAGGACUAGUUUUUAAUGGACGCAAUUCUGUACGGUUGGAAUCAUUUUUUUUUCACAAAGAUUUUAAACCCUAAAUUAAAGAAAUAAUUUAAACCCUAAAUUAAAAUUAUAUAUAUAUAUAUAUAUAUUCAAAGAUUUUAAAUAUGCAUGUCAGGAGUAAAAUGUAGUAAAUAUUUAUUUCACAUCAAAGGAUUAAAACCAGUCCUUACCCAGCUGACAAACAUUUCCAGACUUUCAGAAAAUUCUUAAUGCCAAUAAAGUGUGUUUUUCAGUGUUUGAAAAGUAUGUCAAAUAGACUUCAGAGGAUUUUCUAGUUUUCAAAAACAUGAUGAACACUAAUGAGACACUAGCCAAAACAUUUGUCUGCUUGAAAAAUAUCAUUUUAGAUUUCAGUGAUCUUUGCUCUUUAAGAAAUUGGUAAAGUACAAUGGAAUACAAAUCACCAGAAAAGGAAGGCUUAAUUAAAAAAAAAAGAUAGAUGUAUGAGUAAAGUCUUUAAUAGAUUAUUUUUUUUCUUGAUAAAAUAACUGCUUUUUGUAUUUGUAUGACGUUGAAUGGAUAGAGUAUAGAUUGGGUCUAGUUUUAGGACUGAUUUGGGCACUGCUAAACUGAAA